AUGGGAGCUGGAAUGGUCAUAGAGCCUUUGGUGGUUAUUGUUCUCUUAUUUGGAGGCACCUGGAUUAACCGCUCUGUCGGAUCAUCCUCGACUAAAAGCUACAACCGACGGAACUCGAACGACCUUCGACGAGCUGCUUCAUUUGAUUCUUUGGAGUCGGGUUACUCAAGCCAAUCGACAAAGGAUGGUCUGCUGAGCCCUCGCUCCCACUCACCACAAGCCCCGGAAGAUGGAUGGCACAAGCGACAAGUUGGACUUUUAGGGUUGAAUUUCGAGGUAUCCUCGCCGAAUACGAUUGUGUUCCAAGACCGUUUGCUCAGUCGAUUGCUUCGGAAGUUUCCUUUCUUGGUGGAAUGUUGGUAUUGGGCUUUGGUUUACUGGACGUACCAGCUCGGUCGUGCCUUUACCGCCGUGACUCUCAAGGAUGACACCGUCGAUGUCGCGAGGAGGCAUGCAUUGCAACUAAUCGUGAUCGAGGAGAAUCUGGGAAUAUUCUGGGAGACCUUGAUACAGAGACGCUUCCUUCGCCAUCCUCUUGUCAUGCCUUGGAUCAAUUGGAUGUACUCGUUCAUACACAUUCCUGGGACAAUCGCGUUUCUCGUUUGGCUCUAUUACUAUACUACCGUGCGGAAUCGGAUCGACGAAGCUCAGCCCGGAAAGCCCAAGGGAGCUAUGAGCGGGUCGCCUGCAGGUCCUCUUCUAUACCAGGCGCGUCGGCGGACUUUGGCCGUGUGCAAUCUCCUCGCAUUCGUGGUGUUCACUCUUUGGCCUUGCAUGCCACCUCGGUUACUGAGUGAUACAGCCGUGGAUGGUGACGAGGGAGAUCUAGCCCGCAGUUAUAGGUUCGUGGACACGGUGCAUGGUAUCAAGGGAUCGGGCAGUGUGUGGACCGAAAACCGCUUCUCGGCGAUGCCUUCCUUGCAUUUCGGCUACUCUUUAUUGAUCGGCCUCACACUGAUCACAAUCCCUUUGCCGCAGCACCACCGGCACACAAUCCUGCGUACUCGGCUGACCCGUGCCUUGAGACUGGAGCUCCCGUCGUGGCGCCGCCUCGUUUGCGUCAUACUCGGCUUCCUAUAUCCGUUUACCAUCCUUGUGGCUAUUGUUGCCACUGCCAACCAUUUUAUUCUGGAUGCUGUCGCAGGAGCGCUUGUAUGUGCCUUGGGGUGGUAUUUUAAUGGGGUGCUGCUCAACCUGUUGCCACUGGAAGACUACUUCCUUUGCCUUGUCCGGAUCCAUAAGCCUGAGCCGUCACUUCUCGAUGUCCAUGAAGAGGAGUGUCCCACGACCGAAAGUGUUUGA